GCAUGAAUUGUAUAAUUUCAUUGUAUUCAACAGUUUGACAGCUGAGCUCCGAGUGCAAGGCAGUGCCAGUCUGUUAUAUUUUGAUUGAAAAAAUAGUAUCGAUUUAAGCUGAACAUCGAUUCUCGUCAUAGUUUCCUUGGGAAAACAAAACACGUGUAGUCAUUGAUUUUCCUUAGAAAAUUCUAGAAACAUGACUGGCGCCGAAAUUGAUAUCUCUCCAAAGCAGGACAAAGGUGUCCUCAAGGAAAUCCUCAAAGAAGGCCAAGGCAAUGACACCCCACCAGAAGGAUGCAAGGUUACUGUCCAUUACACAGGAACUUUGUUGGAUGGAACCCAAUUUGAUUCCAGUAGAGAUAGAAAUCAGCCAUUUGAAUUUGAUUUGGGAAAAGGAAGUGUAAUUAAGGCAUGGGAUAUUGGUGUAGCAACAAUGAAAAAGGGCGAACAAGCCAUUCUAACUUGUGCAGCAGAUUAUGCCUAUGGAGCAACUGGAAGCCCCCCAACCAUUCCCCCUGGAGCUACACUUAAGUUUGAUGUUGAAGUUAUUAGUUGGAAAGGUGAAGAUCUUAGUCCAGACAAAGAUGGAUCAAUUGAAAAAAUCCAAAUUACUGCUGGUGAUGGAUACACAACUCCAAAUGAUGAAGCAAUGGUUGAAAUUCAUUUGAUUGGAAAACAUGGUGAUAAGGUGUUUGAUGAAAGAGACGUUUCAUUCAAUAUUGGAGAAGGCGCAAACGUUAAUGUAAUCAGUGGUGUAGAAAAAGCUUUGGAGAGUUUUAAGAAAGGCGAGACUUCUCGUUUAAUAAUCAAACCGAAAUUUGCGUUUGCAAAUGAAAGUUUCGAAUUCAACAUUCCCUCCGAUGCCACCGUCGAAUAUACCGUCACAUUGAAAACAUUCGAAAAAGCAAAAGAAAGUUGGUCAAUGGAUACUGAUGAAAAGAUUGAAGUCAGCAAAGUAUUCAAAGAAAAAGGGACCAAAUAUUUCAAAGACGGUAAACUUAAUCUGGCAAUUAAGAUGUACCAGAAAGUCUUGUCAUAUCUCGAAUUCAAGAAAGAUCCAGAAAGCGCAACUGAAGAACAAAAAGCUUUGGUUUUAAGCUCGAAUUUGAACAUGGCUCUGUGCUAUCUGAAAAGCAAUAAUAUGUUUGAAGCUAAGAAUGCUGCCACUGAAGCUUUACUGGUAGAUCCCGAUAAUGAGAAAGCUCACUUCAGGAAAGGUCUGGCAUUAUUGAAUAUCGGAGAGGCACAGCUUGCAGCCGACGCAUUUACCACAGUUCUUAAGAUUGAGCCAACUAACAAAUCGGCUCAAUUACACUUAAACGCUUGUAACAAAACGCUUAAGGAACAGUUGCAGAAGGAAAAGAAAAUUUAUGCCAAUAUGUUCGAAAAAUUCGCCAAAAAGGAUUUACAGAGAGAGGAAGAAGAAAAGAAAAAACAACCGGACGUAAUGUCUUCGUUGGGGGAAUGGGGCAAGGAGGAUAGAGAGCGUGAGCCGAGCGAGUUUGAAAAAGAAAAUCCCAAUAUACUUUUGCUGAAUGGAAGUGGAGAAUUCAAAGAUAUGUAAUAGAAACAAAAAUUCUGUGGAAAUAUAUGGCUUGAUUAUUGUUUA